AUGACCCAAUCGAGCCGGCUAUCGCGGUUCGUCCCUGUUAUGGCCUCGCUCGUGGCGCUUGGCGGAGGCCGAGAAAGCGUGGAUCGGCUGGUGCCGAAGACAUCACGGCUCUACACCGGCAAAGAUCCUGACAUCACCGACAUUGAGACCCUGGUGACGCGCAAGGGAUACCCAUUCGAACGUCACAGUGUGGUCACCGACGACGGCUACGUCAUCGAGAUGCACCGCAUACCCUGGGGCAGGGCGGGCAAGCCCCCUGGCUCGUCUUCGAAGACACAGCCUGUCCUCCUUAUGAGCGGACUGGUCGGAGAUUCCUCAAACUACGUGUUCGAUUUUCCGGACCAAUCGCUUGGGUUCAUAAUGGCGGACAAGCAGUACGAUGUCUGGAUCGGAAACGUGCGUGGAAACAGCUACGGCAAGGUGCACAAAAAACUCAAGGUCCGCUCUAAGGCAUUCUGGAACUUCUCCUUUCACGAACACGCCGUGCUGGACCUUCCGGCUCAGAUUGACUACGUGCUUCGAGCUACGGAGCGGCAGGAUAUUCCUUACGUGGCUGUAUCACAAGGCACGCUCAUGCUAUUCGCCAUGCUCUCCGAAAGGCCCGAAUACAACCGAAAGGUGAAGGCAUUCGCCGCGCUGGCCCCCUUCAACAAGCUGUCGCACGUGGACCUCGCUAUGUUCACAGUGCUAACGCCCUACGCUGAAAAAUACUUGGUGAGCACGUACCAUAAACGCUCAAGGGUGACUACCCAUGAGCCGGUGCAACUACGCAGCUGCUGCCGGAGCCAUGCAGCCAUGCAACCCACCAUGCAACCAUGCAACCCACCAUGGGCCUUUCGGCUGACGGAAGAUGGCCGAACAGCACGACUGUCAAAACAAUGCUGUUCGUUCAUCACUGCGCAGACGAACGGCCACGAAGCCUUCCUGAUGGAAGUGUUACAGCGAGGCGCCUUCUACAUGCCGUGGACAAGCAAGCUAUGCGCCCUACCCACACGGGCGUUCUGCUCGUGGUUCGCUGAUAAAGUUGGCAACGUGGGAAGCAAGUACAUCAAUGAGACGAGGUUACCUGUCUACCUGCAUUUCUUUCCUGGAGGCACCUCAUCCAAGAAUAUCGUACACUUCGCACAGCUCAUAAAUUCUGCGCGACCUCGGAAGUUCGACUACGGGCCACGAAGAAACAUGCUUAUUUAUGGUCAGAGGGUGCCCGCCGAGUACACGCUCAGCAAUGUACAAACGGACGUGGCCAUUUUCUUCAGCCAAGGCGAUCACGUGAUCACCCCGCCGAACGUACAGGAGCUCAUCCAGGAACUGGGGCCUCGAGUCAAGCUGAGUCACUCCAUCGAGGACCCGUACUACACGCACGUGCACUUCCUGAUGUCGUUGAACAACGCCGACGUGCUAUUCGGACGCAUACUUUCCUUCCUGGAGAGAUACACCACGGCUGAUUGA